AUGGAGGGUGGCAGCGGGACAGCCCCGGCCGAGGCACUCGGGGCGAUAGGAGAGGGGCCCGAGGUCGCGGCGGGACUGGCGGAGCCUGACAGGACAGCAGAUGUUGCGGGCGGUGGCGAGGUGGAGAGCGCUCACGGGCCGCGCCGGGCUUUGAGGGCAGUAUACGUGCGCAGCGAGAGCUCGCAGGGGGCGGCGGCCGUCAGCCCAGAAGCCGGGGCCCUCAAGUGCCUGCUUCAGGCUUGUGAGGCUGAGGGCGCUCAUCUCACCUCCGUGCCCUUCGGGGAGCUCGACUUUGGGGAGACCACCGUGCUAGAUGCCUUCUAUGAUGCAGAUGUUGCCAUAGUGGACAUGAGUGACAUCUCCAGACAGCCUUCCCUUUUCUACCAUCUUGGAGUGAGAGAGAGCUUUGACAUGGCCAAUAACGUGAUUCUGUACCAUGACACCGAUGCUGACACUGCUCUGUCAUUGAAGGAUAUGGUAACUCAAAAAAAUACAGCAUCUAGUGGGAAUUAUUAUUUCAUUCCCUACAUUGUGACGCCAUGUGCUGAUUAUUUUUGCUGCGAGAAUGAUGCCCAAAGGCGAGCCUCGGAGUACAUACAACCCAACUGGGACACCAUCCUGGGCCCACUAUGUAUGCCCCUGGUGGACAGGUUCAUUACCCUCCUUAAGGACAUCCAUGUGACCUCAUGUGUGUAUUACAAAGAAACCCUGUUAAAUGACAUCCGGAAAGCCAGAGAAAAAUACCAGGGUGAUGAACUGGCAAAGGAACUGACUCGGAUCAAACUCCGCAUGGAUAACAUUGAGGUUCUAACCUCAGACAUCAUCAUUAAUUUACUCCUGUCCUACCGUGAUAUCCAGGACUAUAAUGCGAUGGUCAAGCUGGUAGAAACACUGGAGAUGCUGCCUACGUGUGAUUUGGCUGAUCAACAUAAUAUUAAAUUCCACUAUGCAUUUGCACUAAAUAGGAGAAACAGCACUGGCGACCGUGAGAAGGCUCUUCAGGUCAUGCUCCAAGUUCUGCAGAGCUGUGACCACCCAGCCCCUGACAUGUUUUGCCUGUGUGGAAGGAUCUACAAGGAUCUCUUCCUAGAUUCAGACUGUGAAGAUGAUGCAAGCCGAGACAGUGCCAUUGAAUGGUAUCGCAAAGGAUUUGAGCUCCAGUCAUCUCUUUAUUCGGGAAUUAACCUUGCAGUUUUGCUGAUCGUUGCUGGACAACAGUUUGAAACAUCUAUGGAACUAAGAAAAAUAGGUGUCCGGCUGAACAGCUUGUUGGGAAGAAAAGGGAGCCUGGAGAAGAUGAAAAAUUACUGGGAUGUGGGUCAGUUCUUUACUGUCAGCAUGUUGGCAAGUGAUGUUGGGAAGGCUGUCCAGGCAGCAGAGAGGUUGUUCAAACUGAAACCUCCGGUCUGGUAUCUGCGGUCAUUAGUUCAGAACUUGUUGCUAAUUCAGCGCUUCAAGAAACCCAUUACAGAGCAUUCACCCAGACAGGAACGGCUUAACUUCUGGUUAGAUAUAAUUUUUGAAGCAACAAAUGAAGUUACAAAUGGACUCAGAUUUCCGGUUCUGAUAAUAGAGCCAACUAAAGUCUACCAGCCUUCUUAUGUCUCUAUCAACAAUGAAGCUGAGGAAAGAACUGUUUCUUUAUGGCAUGUCUCACCCACAGAAAUGAAACAAAUCCAUGAAUGGAAUUUUACGGCCUCUUCUAUUAAAGGAAUAAGCCUAUCCAAGUUUGAUGAACGGUGUUGUUUUCUUUAUGUCCAUGAUAAUUCUGAUGACUUUCAAAUCUACUUUUCCACUGAAGACCAGUGUAAUAGGUUUUGCUCUUUGGUCAAAGAGAUGCUAAACAAUGGAGUGGGCAGUACAGUGGAGUUGGAGGGAGAGGCUGAUGGAGACACCUUAGAGUAUGAGUAUGACCAUGAUGCGAAUGGGGAAAGAAUUGUCUUGGGGAAAGGCUCCUAUGGGAUUGUGUAUGCCGGCCGAGAUCUGAGUAAUCAAGUACGAAUAGCCAUCAAAGAAAUCCCAGAGAGAGACAUCAGGUACUCUCAACCUCUGCACGAGGAGAUAGCCCUGCACAAGUACCUCAAGCACCGCAACAUUGUCCAGUACCUGGGCUCUGUUUCAGAGAAUGGUUACAUUAAGAUAUUUAUGGAGCAAGUACCUGGAGGAAGCCUUUCUGUUCUCUUGCGAUCCAAAUGGGGGCCAAUGAAGGAGCCCACUAUUAAGUUUUACACCAAACAGAUCCUCGAAGGCCUGAAGUACCUCCAUGAAAACCAGAUAGUGCACAGGGACAUAAAGGGUGAUAAUGUUCUGGUAAACACCUACAGCGGAGUCGUGAAAAUCUCUGAUUUUGGAACCUCUAAACGCCUGGCAGGAAUUAACCCAUGCACCGAGACCUUUGCAGGCACUCUGCAGUACAUGGCACCUGAGAUAAUUGAUCAAGGACCUCGUGGAUAUGGUGCCCCAGCUGAUAUCUGGUCUCUGGGCUGCACCAUCAUUGAGAUGGCUACCAGCCGGCCUCCAUUCCAUGAGCUUGGUGAGCCACAAGCAGCAAUGUUCAAGGUGGGAAUGUUUAAGAUCCACCCUGAGAUUCCAGAAUCCCUUUCAGCUGAGGCCAGAGCCUUCAUCUUAUCCUGUUUUGAGCCUGAUCCUCACAAAAGGGUCACUGCCGCUGACCUACUCAGAGAAGGGUUCUUAAGACAAGUGAACAAAGGCAAGAAGAACCGAAUUGCUUUCAAGCCCUCAGAGGGUGUCCGGAGUGGCACUGGUGCCCUCGGCCUGCCCUCAUCAGGUGACUUAGUGGGCAGCAGCAGCAGCGAGCAUGGCUCCAUUUCUCCAGAUUCUGAUGCCCAGCCUGAAGCAUUCUUUGAGAAGGUCCAGGCCCCUAAGCAUCAGUUCAGCCACCUUCUCAGUGUCCCAGAUGAGAGCUCUGCCUUAGAAGACCGGAGCACAGCCUCCUCAUUCCCAGAGGACAGGGACCCAGGCCUCUUCCUGCUGCGCAAGGAGAGUGAGCACAGGGCCAUUCUGUACAAAAUCCUUUGGGAAGAACAGGAUCAAGUGGCUUCCAACUUGCAGGAGUGUGUGGUCCAGAGCUCAGAAGAGUUGCUUCUCUCAGAUGGCCACAUCAAGCAGAUAAUUGGAAUUCUGAGGGAUUUCAUCCGCUUCCCAGAGCACAGGGUGAUGGCAGCCACAAUAUCAAAACUAAAGGUGGAUCUGGACUUUGACAGCUCAUCCAUCCAUCAGAUUCACCUGAUCCUGUUUGGAUUCCAGGAUGCUGUAAAUAAAAUUUUGAGAAACCACUUGAUCAGGCCACAUUGGAUGUUUGCAAUGGACAACAUCAUCCGCAGAGCAGUGCAGGCUGCGGUCACCAUUCUCACCCCAGAGCUCCAAGCCCACUUUGAGCCUGCCUCUGAGACUGAAGGGGUAGAUAAGGUCAUAGAAGAGGAAAGGGACUGUCCCCUAAUAGACCUGCCCAACAGAGAAGAGCACAUGAUACCCAGAGGCAACAGACCUGGCUUGAUGGCUCUGCAGGAGGGCCAGCAGCACCAGCAGCACCUGAGCCUCCAACUGAGCAAUCUCAGGCAAGAGACCAACAGACUUUGGGAACACCUAGUUCAAAAAGAGAGAGAGUACCAGAAUCUUCUACAGCUGACUCUACAACAGAAAACUCAAGAGUUACAUCACCUUCAGUUACAAUACAAACCUGUCGGUGAGUUCCUUUCCAUCUGCUCUAAUGUAGGUGUGUGUGAGGGACAAUACAGUAAGUCAGGUCUCUAAAUUCUGGACUACUACUCAUAAAAAACAACAUGAAUUGAUGUUAUAUGCAGUAUGCCAAGGGAAAGAGCCAGAUUUGAGGAGGACUAUUAGAAGUACAGAAAGGGACCAGUAUGAGAGAUGGGGGAAGAGUGUUAAAUAUAAUCACAGUAUCUUACAUACAUGGAUGAAAAUGUCAUAGUCAAACCUAUUAUUCUGUACACUUAGCAUAUACUAAUAUGAAAAAUGCCUCCAUACUGAUUCUGGUUCCAUAUUCUGGAACAGGCAAAACUAUAAUGGACAGAAAUCAGAAUGGGUAGAGGAGGGCUCAGAAGGUAACAGGGUAACAAAUGAAUCUUGGUUGUGAUGCAUAACUGCGUGUCAAACAAACUCUAAAAGUAUGCCUUAGACUGGCUCUCAGAUUGUACCCCUUAGGAAAGGGUUACAUCUACCUCUUGGAAUGAGAAAUGGAUACGCCCUGUUGCAAAAAUCUUAAUACAAGCUUCUUUCCUUUACUUCCAGUGCAGUCAGGGAUAUCGAGCCUAAAAUAAGGCACUUUAAAACAUUUAAAUGACUGAUGCCACCAUCUCAAAUUCCAAACAUUGAAGAUGUCCUAGGUAACACUGAUCAUUGAUUCUACUGUCUGGAAAGGAAUCCAAGAAUUACAAAUUGCAUAAUAUGUAUUAAAGCAGCUGAAUCAUUUCCUUUUCACAGCACAUUUACAUUCUCGAUACUUUAUUACAUCCACUUUGUUACUUUUGAAGCAUUUUAUGGUUACACAUUACAUACAAUAAAACAAAUCUGUGAUCAUUACAGGUGGUACAGAGAACCCAGUACCCACUGAUGGACUGGGAACAGAUAGAGAGCUUAUAGACUGGUUGCAGGUACAAGGAGUGGAUGCAAAUACAAUAGAAAAGGUAAAUUUCUAAAUCAAAAGGAUUCCCGUAAUAUUGUUGGAAAGCUGCUUCUCUCAUAUAGUGAAUCUUUGUUUCAGAUUGUUGGAGAGGAUUAUACACUUUCUGAUAUUCUUAAUGAUAUCACUAAGGAAGAUCUAAGAUGCCUCAGACUACGGUAAGGCCUUCCAAACAGUUUGCAUGAUAGAAUUAAUUUUUCAUAUGAAUAUCUUUUUAAAUGAAAUAGAAGACAAAGUGCUGGUAACUUCCCCCAAUCUUUGAAAUUGAUUCCCUUUCCUAUGUCUUAGCAAACACUAGUGGCCCUCCAAACUCUGGAGUUUUUCCAGAUUCAAGGUGAGAAGGCAACAUGAGAAGCCAGGCCCUUCCAGUGGCGGCCUGCACGCCUAUGGCACCAUAUGCAAACACUGCUAGGGCACGUGUUAACUUUCGCACAUGAAGACAGCAUACUUUCAAAAUGUAAGGCUCUAACUUAUGGCAAAUGUAGAAUGAUGCCUGUGACAUCUGCCUUAAGUGUCCUAUGGAAGAGGUUAUUGAGGUUUGCUUUUCUUAUGGAAACUCUCCUAUUUUACAGUGGUGGUGUCCUCUGUAGGCUCUGGCAUGCCGUCUCCCAGCACAGAAGACAAACUCGGGAAUCCUCACAGUGAGCUAAGCUGGGGAUAGUGAGCAAACACCCUGCCUGUUUGUGGUUAAAGCUUCUAUUCACGUACACACACAUUCUGCUGAGUUUACACUGAAAGACCCUUAUUAAUUUGCAGUUUAAAGACUGUCCUUA